GAUUGGAUAGUGGACAAGCACAAGAAAUAAAUGUAAAAGAUAAUUCCAAACCCAAAGCAAGUGCUUGGAGGAGCGCAUCUUCUUCAACGUCAGCUAGUGUUCCUGGCGUCAACUGCACGCACGAUGAGGAAGCAGCCAAGAGUCGCGUCAAGCACGGGAAUGAAGGAGAGUCAUUCUCGAGCACAGCCUCCACUUCAUGGCAUCAAGUGAUGGCGAACUCGUUGAUGAAGUGUGCGGUGAACUUCUCUGCACAGAGCCGUGGAUCGAAGAAGCCUAUCCCAAAGCGAGUGGAGCUAGCGAAUCGACGGAAGUUUUGUCGAGGUUUGGAGCGCACCGCGAAACAUUUUCGGGAAGACGAGGAGGCCACUCUGCGAGUCGAGCUGGAUCUGGCACGAUCAGCCGCGCGCAGUAUAGCCUGCAAAAGAGGUGGUCGUGGUGACUUUCUUGAUUUGAAUUCAUGCGCAACGAUGUGGGCGGAAUUUUUCGCUUGGAAAACACACGUCGCUGAUCCAUGGUGCGAUGCCAUUCUGGUUGACGACGUCGUAAAGAAGAGACAGAAGUCGCAACUGUUCCGUGUCCAGUGCAACUUGGUGCACCGAACCCGCUCACUCGACCAGAGGUCCCAUCGCGAAUUGGUAGCGAGACAAAAAGAAGCUGCUGCAGCGACGAGAAACGUUCUCGACGAGGUGCGCCCUCUCCGCCUUGACGGCCUCGAAGGAACCUGGUCAGACUCAGAUGAUUUGUGUAUGGCAGUUGGCGAUGAUGAAACCCUAAGAACAGCAGAAGAUGAAGACCAGCCCUAUUCUUCGGAAGUUGAGCAUCAAGUUCUGACGCUGAUGCACGCACAAGGAGCCUCACCGUUGACAUAUCUGCUGGGAAUGGAUAUUUUUUUCUACGGUAAAAAUUCACCCUCGUCGAUGCAGACGAGAGGUGACCAGAAUCAUUUGUGGGAUGACAUUGGUCGUGAUUAAAGCUUUGGGCACAGACAUGCGCAUGUGCACUUCUUGCCAGAGACGUAUCGGUAUCUAUGUAUAUAUUUAUAAGCUUGGAUUCUUCUUCUAUGAAAAUAUAAGAUGAACUAGCACGUGAAUUAGACUUCUAUUCUUGUUAUAAUAGCUUUCGCGCUUUCACGUACUUUCUCCUUAUGUCAUUGAACAUCCAGAACGAGAAGCUCUACAGGUUCUCUUAGAGAAAGAUGAUAAUACUACAAAGAACGCGAUUUGACAUCCGAGCAUGCAAGAACUACCUUUGAUAUCCGCGCAAAAAAUAUAAGAGAAAAAAUGGCCGCCAUUGUUCUGGGUUGUUGAAUUGUUAGGAUAUCUUCUUGAGGCUCAAUCCAGAAGUCCUGGAUACUCCUACUAGGACUUUUUCGCUGAAUAUUACGCAGUAGUUAAAACCGCUUUCAUAUUAAUUUCGUUCAACUUCGACAUCUAUGUGUUUCUAUUUUCACUUUUCGCUUUAUUCGACGCAUGAUACAUAAUAAUAUGAUUCUUGAUUCCAACAUUCGUAGAUGUAAUAAUUUCAGCUAGACUGACAAGAACGGAAAAGCUUGAAGACGUAUCUAGGUGCCUACCCGAGGAAGAAAAUAUGGCCCAAGUAAUAGUACUCACACGACUGUAGAGCUCUCUCUCCACCUGAUAAAAAAGCAAUGCCC